AUGUUCAGAGUAUUGAAUGGCGAAAGUCAAAGCCCUGACGUGAAGCAACAGAAUAUCCCCGACUCCAGGAAAAACUCUUCCCUCCUUUGGACGGACAAUCCUAGCUCAAACGAUCGGUGUGAAACGGAAGAAAACGGUAAAGAGAUAGGCCACGACCGGGUCAAGCGACCCAUGAACGCAUUCAUGGUGUGGUCUCGAGACCACAGGCUUGGCCCAUGA